AUGAAGGUACAAUAUUUAAUAGCUCACACUGAGGAAAAUGCACAUGUAGCAGACAUAUAUGCUCUUGCUGUAACUUCAGAAUUUGCCUUAACUAUUUCUGGAGACUCUUAUUUGAGAGUUUGGGAUGCUAAUUCACAAGAUCAUCGUCUUAUUCAUAGUUUCAAUGCAGGCCAUAAAAUUGGUGGACAUAGUAUUAGUAUUUCAAAAAGUUGUCAUGGUUUUAUAGCAGCAAGUUCUGGAUUCAUAGGUGAUGUUAUAAUAUGGGAUCUUAAGGAAUUUAAAGAAAUAGUGCGUUUAGGUGGAAAAAAUGGAGAGACAAAGCCUGGGGAAGCAUGGACUGUUGCAUUAUCGCCUGAUGGGAAAAUAUUAGCAUCUACUUCUUAUAAAGGAUCUUUAAAUAUUUUGGACAUAUCAACUAAAGAAAAUAUUGUUGAGCUUGAGACUAGGGGCAAUUUCGGUAUAUGUAUUGAUUAUUCAAAAAAUGGACUAUAUAUAGCAACAGGUCAUGAAAAAGGUGGUUUAUAUGUAUUUAGUGUUGAAAAAAAAAAAUUACUGCAUUCUUUACAAGGGCAUGCAUUAACUAUAAGAUCUGUUUCCUUUUCACCCAAUUCUAGUCUUCUUGCUGCAGCUGGUGACUCAAAAGUAAUUACUUUAUAUGAUGUACAAUCUGGAGAACAGGUUGCAAAUUUAACAGGACAUAAAGGCUGGAUUUUUUCUGUUGACUGGAAUGUUACAGGAGAAUAUCUUGUUAGUGGGGCGAUUGAUGGAACAACAAAAGUAUGGGAAAUUGAAAAAAAAGAAUGUGUAGGGACUCAAAACGAUAGUCAAUGUGCUAUUUGGAGUGUAAAAUGGACUAGAAAGGGAACAUGUGAAGGAUUUAUUAGUGUUGGUGCUGAUAAGGCUAUUCGUUGGUAUAGAGCAGCUGCUACUGAAUGA